AUGCUGCCAUCAAUGUCUAAACUCUAUAAUGCGGCUGCCAGAUCGACGUCAUCUGCCACCGCAUUCUUCUCGUCUUCUUCUGGAAAUCCACGUCAUCAGAAUUCUUCGAGAGGAGGAAACGGACGAAGACAGUAUCAGAAUGGAGGGAAAACCAAUGGAGGAGGCAGAUGGGCAAAAUACGGGAAAAGUGCGACGACUGGAACGACUACAGUACUCGCCUUAUCAUGGAUGACAACUAUAAAAGAUGUAUUGGGAAUUGAGAAAGUGCAAUUGGAUACGGAUCCAUUGAAGGAGAAAGUCAAACAGUCAUGGCUCUAUCGAAAACGACGACAAUACGACGACGCGAUUCAAGUGCUUCAGUUAGCACUAGAAGAGGCAGAAGAACGGAAAGAAGAACUUCCGAUAACACGUGUCUACGAUGAAAUGGCCAAUACUUAUUACGAGAAAUUGAAUUUCUCAGAAGCCGAUAAAUAUUUUCGAAUCGUCAUUCAACGACUCGUUCAACUCCACGGAAAGAAGGAUUUCGAUCCGGAAUUUAUUGGUGUUUCGUUGAAAUUAGCUGAUAUUCUGGCACAUCAAGGAGAGUUGGAAAGUGCGGAGAGUGGAUUCAAACAUUGUGUUAGACGGCAGAUGAAGGUUAUGGAGGAGCAUAUGAAAAAGUUUAGCGUCGCGCACGGAGCCCUCGUCGAAGAUCGUCAUACUGUAGACACGUACGGACAUCUCUACACCGAUCCGAUAGCUUUAUUCGGCAUGACUCUCGAAGCGUACGCCAAUUUUUUGAUCAAUUAUUGUGAGGAGAAUCGAUUGGCCGAAGCGGAAGAGUAUAUGGAUGAAGUUAUGAAGAUUUCCUAUCAGAUCUACGGUGCAAGCUCCGCCCACACCAUCAAUAUGCUCAACAAUUUCGGUGCCACGCUGGUUUUGAAAAAUCGAUUCGAAUUGGCGCGGAAGUACUUGUCGAUCGGUGUGGAUCGAAUUCUCUAUGUGAACGAGUGUGCUCACAUGCUACCCGGAUAUUAUUGCAAUUACGCUGAAGCACUUUUUCAUACGGGCCAGAAAGACCAAGCCGUCGAAUUCGCCCGUAAAGCUGUCCAAAUGAGCCGAAGUGGCGACGAUCGUCUCCGCCAAUACACUCAACAAUUUUUGAAAGAUCUCGAAAAAGAUUUGAAUAAGGGAAAACCGAAAUCGUGGUGGUUUUUCUAG